GCUCUUUGCUCACCACUGAUUGGCUCUCUGGCUGCGUUUUCUUCGUGCCGUGUGUGUUUUUAAUUUCUUGGGUUCAAUUUAUGAUUUUUUGCCAUUUUAAUUUUACAUUGGUGAUUAACACGGUGCAAGAACUUGACUGAGUCCUCAGCUCGAAAGGUUUAUCGCCGCGUGCAGUAGGAUUAAACAGCAGCUACAACAACUGCCAAAGCCAGCAGAAAGCAACAACAACAUGAACAUACCUAACGAAUAUAUCGCGAAAACAGAAGAUGUGGCGGAUCAGGUUAUUAGACGCGGGAAAAAUGUAUUGCCCACCGUAGCGCGCCUGUGUCUCAUUGCCACCUUUUUUGAGGAUGGGUUGCGCAUGUACUUACAAUGGAACGAGCAACGUGAAUACAUGGACAUGAGCUGGGGCUGUGGCAAGUUUCUGGCCACCGUCUUCGUGCUAAUUAAUUUGAUUGGUCAGCUGGGUGGCUGUGGUAUGGUAAUGGCUAGAUUUAAAGUUGACAUUGCAGUUGGAUUGCUCUUCUUCAUAGUGGUUCUGCAGACAAUAGCCUACUCCAUACUUUGGGACUUCCAGUUCUUGCUGCGAAACUUUGCCUUGAUUGGUGCAUUACUGCUUGUGCUCGCGGAGGCUAGAAUCGAGGGACGUAGUUUAUUUGCUGGUGUGCCGUCGUUGGGCGACAACAAGCCAAAGAACUUCAUGCAGCUGGCCGGUCGGAUAUUGCUGGCCUUUAUGUUCAUCACUCUGAUUCGUUUCGAGCUGAGCGUGUGGCAGGUCAUACAGGACAUUGUUGGCUCUAUUCUGAUGGUAUUGGUUGUACUAGGCUACAAGACAAAAUUGUCGGCACUUAUUCUGGUGGCGCUUUUGUCGGUGCUGAAUUUAUAUCACAAUGCCUGGUGGGCUAUACCAUCUUAUAAGCCAUUAAGAGAUUUCCUCAAAUACGACUUUUUCCAGACAUUGUCUGUGAUUGGUGGAUUACUUAUGAUUGUAUCCUUGGGCCCCGGCGGCGUAUCUAUGGAUGAGCAUAAAAAGAAGUGGUAGAGUCCACACGCUAUGGCGACAAACAAAUGAAUUGACUUUUCACACAAGCGUUUUACUCUUUCUGAGAAAAAGUUAGUUAGGUUUACCAUAAAAUGGAACAACAGCAUGAGCAACGAUUGAACAUAGAAAACAACGUACAUUAAAAGGGACUUCCGCAAUAUACCACGCCCCCUUCCUCCAACAGCUUACUCAUAAACAUUCGCGCACAUUCAAAUGAGAGAAACUCUUCAUACAUAUAUAAGAGAGACCUUUUUCUUUUUGUACAUACUAUGUGGGAAUUUAACGACAGACGAUAAAGAGAGACAUAACUGAUUUUUUAUAAUUUGUCCGCAUAGAAUUUUGCAAUUGUGUAUUUUUUUUUUUACUUAUAUUGUUUGUACGACGCCCCUUUUGCUAAGUUGUAAUGAUGGUGUUUGCGUUUGUUGUUUGAUAGAAUUUUGAAGAUUAUUAUAACGAUGUAUAAAAUAUGAUGAUUGUACCAAUUGACGACGAUUUGUUUCUUUCGUUUAUAAGCAAAAGUGUAAUAGAUUUAAAUUGUAACGUUUUAAUAAAGAAAAAUACCAAGACGAUGUCACAUUAAA